AUGGCAUGUAGAGCGGACCUCGUCGAGCAGCUUCUGCAGCUUGCAGCCUCGAACACUUCAAGUCCAAACUCUACCGUGACUAGUACCAAUGGCACUUCACCGCAUAUGAUGGCACCUGCCGCUUUGAAUGGAUUUGGCUCAUUGAUCUCCCUCGUUCUUUCGAUCUCUGCUCUGAGAGACUGGGCGAAGCUUUUGAUCAUCGGUAGCUUCUUUGAGACCUGCCGACGCCUCCUUGCCACAGUCUGGUCAUCCACGAUUGAUUCUUUCUUCCUCACCGCAUCAUUUGAGGAUUACGAUGAAAGUUACAAAUGGAUGAUGGUCUGGCUAUCGAAGCAACCAGCUUGGAAGAAUGUGCGCAAUGUAAAUAUCAGCGCCUCUUCCUUUGGCGAAGGGUAUUUGGGGAAUCUAUCUCCUUCCGAAGACGAGCUUAACCCAUCUGGGAUGCCCAAAGUCUCUUAUCUGCCAGCAGCUUCUGGGUCAUAUACCCUAUGGUACAAAUACAGAUGGAUGCAGGUUACCCGUAUUUCGGAGACAGUACCUGGUUGGGGGGGUCGCAAGGACACAUUGAAUAUCAGCAUUCUCACGCGCAACCAUGACAUUCUAAACGCUAUCCUACAAGAUGCCAAAAAUGCUUAUCAAGAUGCGCAAAGCAGCUCCAUUACUGUCUAUGUUUCUGAUUCCUCGAACUCUUGGAGAGAACUUGCUACAAGGCGCAAGCGGCCUCUAGAUUCUAUUAUCCUAGAUCCUGGUAUUCGGGAACUUGUCGUCGAGGACGCGCAAGACUUCCUUGCCAGCAAAAGGUGGUAUGCUGAACGAGGAAUUCCUUUCCGCCGUGGUUAUUUGCUAUAUGGUGCACCUGGCUCGGGGAAAACGUCUUUGAUUCAUAGCAUCGCGGGCGAGCUGGCGCUUGAUGUCUACAUCAUUUCCCUCUCCCGCAGUGGGCUUGACGACACUGGGCUUUCAGAACUCAUUUCAGAUUUGCCCGAGAGAUGUAUCGCUCUCAUGGAAGACAUCGACGCGGCCCUCCAUCACAGUAUCACGCGAGAAGAUGCUCCUACUACGCCACCUAACCAAGCGGAGCUCACCCCCGCCCCCCCGCCCGCUCCCAUAUCUAGCAAGGUUUCGCUCAGUGGCCUGCUCAACGCAUUGGACGGCAUUGGCGCACAAGAGGGGCGAAUACUGUUCGCUACGACAAACAAGUACUCGUCCCUUGACCCUGCUCUAUGUCGUCCCGGCCGUAUGGACCUCCAUGUUGAGUUUAAGCUCGCGAGCAAAUACCAGGCAGAUGAGCUGUUUAAGCGUUUCUACCUUCCUUCAUCACACAAGCCCGCCUCGGAUGACGACAAAGAGAAAUCGAGUCCUGCUCAAGCACAUCCCAAUGGCUCCACAGGUGACGGCAGUUCCACUGAUCUGAUUGAUCUUGGCGUCCCAGACAAUACCGCCAGCUCCCUUCCCCAAUCUCCUUCCUCGGCCUCUUCUGAAAAACCUGAGCGCGUGGCUCCCACGUACAUAGGUACACGCCACCGUGGACAUGCACCAAAGCUCUCGAGCGAACAGCUUUUUGCGCUUGCUGCACAGUUUGCAUCGGCUAUCCCAGAACGCGGGGUGUCGAUGGCUGCGUUGCAGGGUUAUUUGAUGUCACAGAAGAACCGGCCUUGGGAGGCGGCCAAAGAUGUCUCUGUUUGGCUUCAAAAGGAGCUGGCAGACAAGAAAGCCCGAAAUGAGACAAAAUCAUGACAUCAUGGGCACUGUUUCUUCUGUGGUUUGGUCGUCGUCAAGUGUGGUAGUGUUAUAUCCACUGCAUCUAUUGCUUCAUCUUCAAGCUUCAAGUCAACUACGCACGAUAUCAUCCAUCAUGGUCAUGUAACAAUCAAAUCAAAUCUUAGGACAAUUAGAUUUCAUACG